AUGACAUCGAAUGUAUCUCCUGAGACGACAACUUCAACAGUACAACCAUCAUCUGCAAAUGAUCUAACAUUGAUCGAACCAGGCGGAACAAAUAACUUAGAUGCUGCGGAGCUAUUAUAUAUCCCACCUUUGGAGCGAUCUUACGUUGCCUCAGUUUUGUAUCAUUUUCCGGAAAGACGUAGCGCAUACUCGUUUCCAUCCGAAAUUGUUUCGCUAUGUAUGCCAAAAGGCUUGAAAUUUUACACGCAAAACGAUGUUCCACCUCCAGCUAUGCAUACAUUUGCGAAUAUUCGUGAAGAUGGUUCACGUAUUAACGGUUGUUCACUUAUUUAUUAUGAGGAAGUUAAAGAUACUAGACUAUGUGAGUACAUGUCACAGCUGCAUACCGAACACGUACGGGUCUUAACAGCUCGCGAAAAAGCCACCGAACGUGCACACGUUCCUCCCGGUACUGUUUCUGGUGGUACACAUACUCUUCCCAGAGGAAAUCGUAAGAAUCGAGCAAAACGAACUUCAUACUACGACUCGGGCAAUUCUCGGUUAUAUGUGGCUAAAUGUAUUUGCCUUAUUACCCGCAUACCUUUUGUUUCUGCCGGUGAACAUCUACUGACUGCACUUCAUUCUUUAUUCACUUCUGAAGUACAGCCUCCUCCUCUUCCUCUGGAGAGUUAUAUCUAUUGGAUUUUGAAUGAGGUUCCACUUCCAGCGCCGGGUAGCACAUUAAAGAUAUGUUUGGAUCGUGUUGACAUUGUUCUGCAAAGGCCAGGUCCUAAUGAAUUACCUUUUUUCGAUCAUCCUAUCAGUUCGUUGUUCGAUUUGCUCACUGUUGAUAAAUUUCUUCGACUUUUCACGUGUUUUCUUCUUGAACAUCAAAUAUUACUGUGUUCCAGGAGUUUCCAACGUUUAAUGCUAGUAGCUGAGAGCUUGUGUUCAUUGGCUUUUCCGUUUCGUUGGCAACUUACAUACGUUCCAAUUUUACCUUACUCUCAGUUAAAGUUUAUGGAAGCACCGGUGCCUUUUGUAAUGGGUUUAUGUUACGAAGAUACCAUAUCAGAACAAAUUUUUCAAGGCAACAUAUGUGUCCUAGAUAUCGAUUCCGGUGUACUAAAUAUGCCGGAAGAUGUACCAGCACUACCAGAUAGAGUUGAAUUUGCAAAAGAAAUUGCAAGUGUUCUUAUGAGAUAUGAAGAGCAGAAUGCAGUUUUGGAUGGUGAAGUAGUGAGACGACAGACAGGUAUCACAGAAAAGGAUGGCUGGUAUAAGAAACGCAUGUCCCGUUCAUUUGACGGCGAAACAUUGUCAGAUAUGCUGGAGGAGGAUAAUUCUUUCAGACAAAUAGUGUCAAGAAAAGAUCUUGCUCCAUUGCCUUUUGACGAUGUCCUAAAACAGAGUGAAGUUUUAGCUAGAGUUACUGCAAUUGCACAUCGUGCAGGCGUUAGCAUACCGUUUGAAAAUAUUCAGAAAGAGUUGCAAUCCAAUGAUCUUUAUACAAAUUCUCCAGUAUGUCGCGAAUAUUUUAAGGAUAUGAAAAUAAAUAAUGCUCUCCGUGAAGUGUUUAUCAAUCGAUUUGCAUGGCUUCUUUACUCCUAUGAACAUUUUGUUAUCAAUCCUGCAUGCCAGGAUCUUGAAACAUAUUUUGCUAGUCGAGAAUCGGUUACUAAUUUUGACAAAGCAGCUUUUCUUUCCGACCAACCAAGUAAAAACCUACCAUUUUUGGCUGCAUUCUUAGAAACGCAGAUGUUCACUUCAUUCGUUGACGCGAAAAUUGUUUCACAGUGGGAAGCAACAGCAGACGAAAACCUCAUAAUUUUCGAUUCUCGAAUACAAACAUUACGUACGAAGUAUGGUCUUCAGAUGGUGCGUACUCCUACUUACGAGAAGGCUCCACCAUCCUUCGAUUCAGAAGAAACGAUAACAAGACGUGAAGAGGCACUUGAUUACAUUGUUCCUCUACCACAUGAGCUUCCUGGUACAUCGGCAAAAGCAUAUAAUGGUACGUUUCCGGAACUUAAUGAAACUGUUUUGGAAGGUUCUUUUGUACGAAGUCCAGCACCAUCACCGUGGAAACAACGCCACAGAAGGUUGAGGCCAAAGUUGUUAGAGAGUAUUGUUGUGGAUGGUAACACAUCAAAUAAACAGAGCUCAUAUAAAUCGGAUACGCCAAGGCAAAUAGCACAUCAGAAUUGGAAAUUUGUUGAACAGUUGUUGAAAGAAACUAAAAGUAAAACAAAGCGAAUGCUUGUGGAAAAAAUGGGUAGGGAAGCACUGCAACUUGGACACAGUGACGCUAUUGUAAACGGUCUUGAAGAGAAUACUUUAGUUGCUUCAUUUUGCGAUUUAUUGGAACGAAUCUGGGCCCAUGGUUCAGUAAAGAAACAGGGCAAAUCAUCCUUAUGGGCUCAUAUCUUACAUCAUCAAGAAAUUGAGAAGUUGGGAAUGUUGUCCCGUGGUCAUACACGGAGAAAUUCAGCACUAACUCCAGGUGUAGUUGAGAUAGAACAAGAAUACAUGAAGGAAGAAAAGACAUUCGUAAGUGGCAUGGAUGAGGAUACAAUUAACGAGCUUGCACGAACCUUUCGUCAGCAAUGCACUGAUGAUCCUCAUACGCCUGGCUGGUCUCUUCCAAUACUUCGCGCUGCUAAUUUCAUCUGUGAUAAACUAAGUUCGAGUGUGAACAGCAACCUGGAAUAUUCGAACUGGAAAUCGCCAGCUCGAACAGUACGCCCAUCAUGUCCGGUUAUUUCUGAGCGCUCCAGGUCACCGCAGAAAAUGUCGAGGAAGGGGGCUAUUUUGCAUAGAGCAAAUUCUUUUGGUGAUUUCGCUCCAUACUGGACUACAGCUGGAAAUAAUGUGGAUGAAAAUAUAACUGAUUCAUCACGUAAAAGGAGUAAUUCGAGAACUGGUAGUCCUGAUAUUCGACAGUUCUUUACACCACUUCCUAUGCAUAUUGCUUAUGAUUUGAAGAAUGUCUUACGGAUGACAGAUAUCAAAACUGACAUUGGUUAUGCGCGGGCAUUUGUUCGCCUUGCUUUAGAAAGAAAACUUCUUCAUAAGCAUCUCAAAACCAUUCUUGGCAACACGCAUCUCUUAAAGCAACUAUAUAAACGAUAUGCCUUUUUACGGUGCGACGACGAAAAGGAGCAAUUCUUAUAUCACGUGUUAUCACUAAAUGCAGCUGAAUUUAACUGUUUUACCAACUCAUUCAAGAAAACAAAAAUGCAGUACCAUGUUUUGUUGGUUAGUCGAAAUUCACGUCCAGUUAUUUCAUGGCCUAUAUGGGUGAUUAUCACGGGAUCGUUGUGCUCAACGACUCCAAUCGAACUAAAACAGGGCAUAUUCGAUUUCACAUUCGAUCAUAGAAAUCUUGGUAUACUGUCAACGUUAAGAAUUGGGCAUGGUAAUUUAAAUGUUUCUAAUGGGACAUCUCCGAAGUGGUUUCUUGAUUAUAUAUUGGUACGAAAUGAAAUAACAGGACAGAGUUAUCGCUUUAACUGUGGUCGCUGGUUUGGUAAAGGAAUUGAUGAUGACUCUCUAGAGAGAUUGCUUGUUGCCGAAAAGGAACCACAGAUUGCUCCUAACGAAGUAUUAAUCGAAGAAUAUUCUGCUGAGCGUAUUAUUAAAGCUAAUUUGAAAAGUCGAUCUCCUCCUAGGUCCCGAUCACCAAGCACCAGCCGAUCUGAAAUAUCAAAUCAUAAAUCAUCAAGUGCACAUUUGACAGAAAUUCAGCAGCAGCUUGGAGAAGCAGUGAACGCGUUAGUGAAGUACUUCUACAUUAAUACGGAAGGUCGUAGUCGUGGUGAAUUGACACAGUUACUUUGCGCGCCAGGGAAGGGUUUCGUAAGCGUAAUGGUUGUUGUUUUCACAUAUGGCCGUCAGGAUUCCAUUUGGUCGUCUCGUCUUUUUCGUUCAUACUACCCAUGGGAUUACAUUGAGAAGGUUUGCACCUGGUUUUGGGAUCUAGUACGUAUGGAAGAUGCAAAAAAGCUGACUCAGGAACAACGGUCUCUUAUCAUUCAAGCAUGUCGCCUUGUUCGCCGCAUUUCUUCCAAUACUUUUCUGGGAAAAGAUGGCAAAUUCCAGUUAUUCAUUUUAAUUGCUGUUCGAGAUCAUAUACUGUCGGGAUUGUUGCCAUUGAUGGCUCGGUCUCCGAUAACUUCGCAGAUGUACGAAGAGCCAUCUUUUUUGCGAACACCGCAUUAUUUAAACUACUUAUCAAAAUUGAUUAGUUCACUUAAUGAAUUCCAAUUUGUCCUGGAAAAAUCACUCACAUAUGGUAUAGAGUGA